UUUUGGUGGGCGGGAGGAGAUCUUCCUCGGUUUAAACUAGCUCCGGUGUCCUGGAUGAAGGCGACCGGGACGGGAUUCGAAGUCGAACCCCUCGAUUCUUCGGAGUUCUCUUCGGGGAGGAAACAAUCGAUUCCGAACCCCGAGCGAGGCACUCGGUGCGUGGAAGAUUCUUUUGCAAAGGGAACAAAGUCAUUAAGGUUCUUGAGAUAGUGAUGGCUAUUCCUCAUGAAUCUGAAUAUGGAGGCCACUGGGGCAGAUGAAGUAGAGAAAAUAAAAUCAAAGUUUAUCUCUGCAUGGAAUAAUAUGAAAUAUGGCUGGGUACUGAAAACCAAAACUUACUUUAGCAGAAAUUCUCCUGUCUUUUUGCUGGGAAAAUGCUACCAUUUCAAGAGCGAUGAGUCCAGUGACCAGUCACCAAAUGGUUCCUGUGAUGACAUGACAGAAGAAAGGUUUUCCAGAAACGUUGAAGAGUUCCGUAAAGACUUUAUUUCUAGGAUAUGGUUGACUUACAGGGAAGAAUUUCCCCAAAUCAAGGGUUCAGUUUUAACAACAGACUGUGGCUGGGGCUGUACCUUGAGGACUGGCCAAAUGCUUCUGGCUCAAGGACUUAUUCUCCACUUUCUUGGUAGAGAUUGGACUUGGGCCAAUGCCUUUGUUUUCGAGAAUCCGGAGUCUGAAUCAUGGACAACUCAGACAGUAAAAAAGCUCACAGCAUCUCUUGAAACAUCACUUAUAGGAGAAAGAGAAUUCAGGAACCAGUCAAAUCAUCCUAAAAAUCCAAUACACAUUCGAGAAAGUGAAGAAAGUGUGGAGGAGCAGUAUCAUCGAAGAAUCAUAUCUUGGUUUGGUGAUUCCCCACUUGCCAAUUUUGGCUUGCAUUGGCUGAUAGAAUAUGGAAGGAAGUCUGGAAAAACAGCUGGAGAUUGGUAUGGGCCAGCAGUGGUAGCACACCUUUUGAGGAAAGCAGUUGAAAAAGCAAGGGAUCCUGAAUUACAAGGAAUAACCAUCUACGUUGCUCAAGACUGUACAGUUUACAAGUCCGAUGUUAUUGAUGCUCUCUGCCCUUUCACGGAUUCUGAAAAGACAGGUGCCAAAUCUGUGAUUAUAUUAAUUCCUGUCAGACUUGGUGGUGAACGGACCAAUAUGGAAUACUUUGAGUUUGUGAAGGGAAUUUUGAGUCUCGACUACUGCAUUGGCAUUAUCGGAGGCAAACCUAAGCAGUCAUAUUACUUUGCUGGAUUUCAAGAUGACAGCUUGAUUUACAUGGAUCCUCAUUAUUGCCAGUCUUUUGUAGAUGUCAGCGUAAAGGAUUUCCCCCUUGAGUCUUUCCACUGUCCAUCUCCAAAGAAGAUGUCGUUUAAAAAAAUGGAUCCGAGUUGCACCAUAGGAUUGUAUUGUCGUGACGUGCAGGGUUUUGAAAGGGCUGCUGAAGAAAUAACUAAGAUUCUAAAAUCCUCAUCUAAAGAGAAAUAUCCCUUGUUUACUUUUGUAAACGGACAUUCCAGAGACUAUGAUUUUGUGGCGAGUCCAGUCCGGGAAGAGAAGACAAUGUUCUCUGAAGAUGAACACAAAAAGUUGGCUUGUUUUAAUAAUGAAGACUUUGUCUUGCUAUGAGGACAUUUUUAUUUAUUCAUUUAAAUGUUUUUAUGCUCACAGAUGCUACAAAAUGGCUUAACUAAAAGCUACAAGCAACAUAAAAAUCACAAUUAAUAAAAACUUGUGGCAAUAAGCAAUAGACAA